GUUGAUUUUCGACUUUGAGUCAUCCCCAUAUGCUGUUGGUAGUACUCACCUAUACGGCACAGAACUUCGGCAUGGAUGUGAUUCGCUUGGGCUUGCUUGCAGCGCAAGGCGACCGCAGGCACAUCAUGAGCUUUCAUUGCAUAAGUCUCGGCUGCGCACUCCUUGGUGCCAUGACACGGCAUUGCAUGGAAAAGCAAAGAAGAGACUGACGUCGAGGGUAAGAUCGCGGUGUUGGUCUCCAAUGUGUGCAAUGAGCGCAGUCGAUGGCUGGCACCCUGGCUAUAAAAAGGGGCGCUCGUUGUCGACAUGAACUCCUGCUUGGGAGUCUCUAUCCAUCCUUGGACGAGAAAUAGUAUCCUGCAAUUCAGCACAAACCAAUUCUUCAAGAAUACCCCGCCCCUGAACAUCCAAUAUGCCAGGAGCAAAUGUGGAACAGACUGUCAAGAGCCUUCAACGGCUGAGGGAGCCCAUCAUAUUCUGUAAAGCGCUUUCAAGAUCCUGCGAAACGACCUCUGUGCGAACGGACUCGAGUGUCCCGACCCCCCUCAGUGAGCACGAGCUCUUCCAGAAGUUUGUCUACAAGAUUGCGCUUGUGUGUGACAACCAAUUGUCGCCAGACUCUAUCACGGCCGUUUCCGUCAUGGAGGACGAUGAUGUUUAUUGGUUCCUCUUCGCCUGUAACAAGGUCACCCAUGAGGGAGGCAGCUUGGUUGCUGAGCAUAUCAUUUCACUCUUGCGAGUCGUGCGAGACGGAGCCAGCCAGGAUGUCUCGUCGACUGUAAUGAGACACAAGAUGUUGGAGCGUAUUCUCCUUUUCAACAGGCCGAAUGUCCAGAGGUACAUCAAGUGGAUGAUUUACUGGGCCAGCGACUUGUGGGAUGCUGCAGACCAGGCUCUGGGCAAAGAUGCGCAACUGCGAGAGAGGAUCUGCAAGGUGGUCAGCUGCGUUUAUAUUAGCGACCUGGACCAAUCUACCGACGAGGAAUAUCUCGAAUCAUGCUUUGCAUCUUUCAGAGCCAUGGGACUAUUCCUCAAAGGGUUGAAGACUUUCCCUAGUGGACCUUUCGGUAAGAAGUCAAGUUGGGGAGAGUUAAAGCACUGCUUUUCUCGCCUGCAUGCAUACCGAGACGCAGCAAACUGUAUCGCUGAUGCAGCCACUCGUUGGCCAAACCUCUUCGAGCACUUCAAGGUCCAUCAUGUCCCCUCCAGCCGCCCCAAGUCGCUGCCCACGGGAAAACGCAGCUACACUUCCCACGACAUCGUUGGACGAAUGUCAAAUGAUUCGAGCGAGAUAAGAGUCCUCCGUGAAAAAGCAGCCUCGUUUCUUCGUUGCGGCUUGGACGAGGCUAUUGAGCAAGAAGCCAAAAAAGCCAAGAGUUUGAAUGUCCACUGCGAAGUCCUCCUUGAAGACUGGAUCGCGCACUCGCCAGAGGCUAAGCGGCUCAGCUUCUUCCGAGGGGGCCAAGGCUGGAAGUACAUUGGCGCCAGCAAGCCCACGUGUCGCCUUUGCAAGUACUACUUCGCGGCGAAACGAAGCGACAUUGCCCUGCGACCGAGCCAUGAGAAUCUCUACACAAAUUGGCUUUUCCCAGAGAGUCACGGGUCGAAGAAUACACCGCAAGGAAGGCAAUGGCAGACAACACUCAACAGCUUCAUGCAGAUGAUUCGAGACGACGCCAUUCGGAUGCUCAAUGAGAGAACCGCCCACUGGAAGAAACACGACUCCAAUACGUAUGCCACGCCUUCUGUGAGAUCAAUUCCUUCGGAGGCGGCUCUCAUUGCUCCAGGGUAUGGUAGAAAGCAAAGAGUGCUUGUGUCGCUGCCAUCUCGUGCGAAGGUGGCGGUAAUCAAGGAAGAAGAUAUGGAGGAGGGUGGCGUGAAGCUGAAGUGAAUCAUGAUUCAUAAAGGAGAAGGAGGAGGCGUAGGGUAAGGUAGGUCACACUGUGAGGAGGGGAUGUCGCACAGUGUACAGGCCGAGGUCGAUCAACUAGCGG